UUUUAGAACUUUGUCACUUUCUCUCUUGUAUUCACACAUUAAAAAUCUCUCACUCACUUUUUCUCCUACCGCUACUUUCUCGCUUUCACUCUCACACACACAAAUGUGAACCAACACACACACUCUGCAGCCUCCCAGUCAAAAGCAGACGGACAACCGACACAACGAGAUGGCCGGAGUUUGUUUUCUGGCUUUUGUUGCUGUUUUACUGCAGGAGGUGUACGGACUGGCCGCUGAAAACACAGAGUCAAACAAAGGAGCUGUGUUUGUGACCCAGCAGGCGGCGGACACCGUGCUGCGUCGCCUGCGUAGAUACAACAGCGGCCAUCUUGAAGAAGUACUUCAUAAAGCCAACCUGGAGCGGGAAUGUAGAGAGGAAACCUGCACCAUGGAGGAGGCCAGGGAAGUGUUUGAAGAUGAUGCCAAAACUAUGGCGUUCUGGGCCAGCUACGUUGAUGGAGACCAGUGUAAGCCACCCCCCUGCCAAAAUGACGGUACGUGUGAAGAUGGGGUAAACUCGUACAUCUGCUGGUGCAAACCAAACUUCAACGGCAAGAACUGUGAGAUCGAGGUGACCAAGCAGUGUUCUAUCAACAACGGUGGAUGUUCCCAUUUCUGCGUGAUGAAGGAGGAGGUACCUGUAUGUCAGUGUGCAGCUGGUUACAGCCUCGGCUCAGACAAGAGGACCUGCGAACCAGCAGAACAAUUCAGCUGUGGUCGUGUAAACAUUUCCUCCACCUCCGUCACCAGGUCACUGUCCCCGCGUUCAUUCAACUUGACACACAGCUCCGAAAGAAAACACAAUGCCAGCAAAACCCUGGAGGACGAAUUCUAUGACGACGAUAUGAUGCACAUGUAUGAUGAUUACUAUGAUCUUCACACAAAUGAUUCAGACCCAUCCAACAUCUCUGUGGCCUCUGCAGUAAACAGACGUUCAGUGAGGUCGGUUUCAAGCUCCUCUGUAAAGCCAGCAGAGGUAAGCAGUGUCACUGAAACACCCAUGAAGACGCUGCCUAACUGGGCUUUCUUCGCCACACUACCCACCAUCACAGAAAAAGGCAACACAGACCAGAGGAUUGUGGGAGGCGAUGAGGCGAUUCCCGGAGAGAUACCUUGGCAGGUGACCCUGAUGUCUUAUUCAGCCGCUCUUCAGAGAGCGGAGCCUUUCUGUGGAGGGUCUCUGCUCAGUGAAAUAUGGGUCAUCACCGCUGCUCAUUGUGUGGUAGAGGCUCGUACCACAAGGAAGAAUUUCUUCGUCAGAGUGGGUGAACAUGAUGUGAGCAAGGUUGAGCCUCCAGAGCGAGACCAUGAGGUGGCAGAGGAGCAUAUCCACCACAUGUACAACGACAUGAAGUCAAAGUAUAAUCAUGAUAUUGCACUACUGAAGCUUGCCAGUCCGGUGGAACUGUCCAACAAACGGCGUCCCAUCUGCCUCGGCCCCAAAGACUUCACAGAGAACCUCCUGAGGGAUUCCACCAGCUCUCUGGUGAGCGGCUGGGGACAAAUUAAGUUCAGAGGACUGUUAGCCCCCAGGCUUCAGAAGCUGGAGGUCCCUUACGUGGAGCGCACAGAGUGCAAACGGAGCAGCGGCGACCACAUCACGCGCUUUAUGUUCUGCGCUGGCUUCCAAAGUGAACAGAAGGAUUCGUGCCAAGGGGACAGUGGGGGGCCGCAUGCCACCAAGUACAAAGACACUUGGUUCCUGACAGGUAUCGUCAGCUGGGGGGAGGAGUGCGCCAAGGACGGGAAGUAUGGUAUCUACACUCGAGUGUCCCGGUACUACUCGUGGAUCAGUCAGAAAACAGGGCUUCAAUGAAAUGUAAUUAAAAUAUCAAAGUAUUUGUAUGUUUCUGUUGAAAUAUUACAAAAAUAAUACUUUGUAGCUCCUCAACCAAUGUUUGAAUUUAAAUUUUAUUAAAGAAUCUGCAAUCUUGAGAUGCCACAGCAAA